AUGACCAAACGCACGGAAUCUCAUAAAAUGCUUUGUGAUGAUGACGAAUUGGAGCGCGAACUACAACGAGAAAUAGAAGAGGAAGCUCGCGAAAGGACGCGUAAUCAGUCCACUUCAGAUUCUCCCGCAUUUCCGACCGGGCUUGAUAAGAUGACACCCCAAUCUGUAAUAUCUGCUUUGAAUCACACAACUGACGCGUCCACCCCUAGCAAAUCCACACAGCUGAAUGAAGCUGUUCUUAGAACGACCUUGCUUCCAGAGUCAGAAAAUUCCAAACUUUCUAUCUCAAAUAGGGGCAACAUUUGGCAGGAAAAUAACAAUCAAUCUCUUCCAUACUAUUCUGAUACGUUAAUAAGUAAAGCUGAUUUGAAUAUAGAGCAGGUUUAUUCACAGCAAAAUUAUGCUAGUCCAGGGCUCCCUGCUAAUAUUAUUGACAAUGAAAGCUUCCAUAAUCAGACACAAGAGAUAAUAGAUGGCUCAAAAUCAGAUUUGAUAAAUCCGGUUUUGGAUAAGGUAAGACUAUAUUUGAGUAAACUUAAAUGUGAUAUUUCAUUCCUUAACGCGAUAAUAUCGGCAUUAUUCUUAUAA